CGGACGUCUUUUUGUCACUCCGCCCUUGCCCUGUCUUUUCGAAAUUGGCUACGGGCUGCUGCUUUUUUGACACUUCGUCUUCUUCUAUUUUCGCCUUGAUAAAGUCGCCCCCCCGCGCAGGAUGAGUGCGCAAGUAGACCCCGCGCAGCGGGUUGCGAUAGGAAUCUCCUUUGGCAACUCGUACAGCUCCAUUGCCUUUACCACUGGCGAUGGUAAGGCAGAGGUUAUUGCCAACGAAGACGGAGACCGCCAGAUCCCCACCGCCCUGUCGUACGUCGAGGGAGAAGAACUCCACGGCGGCCAGGCCAAGCCCCAGAUUGUUCGCAAUGCAAAGAACACGGUCGCGUACUUUCGCGAUUUCCUCGGCCAAGACUACAAGUCGAUAGAUCCCACGCCAUGCCACCAGUCGGCCCACCCCAUAGAGCACGAGGACGGCGUGGCGUUUAGCAUCCGUGAUGGCACAGAGGAGCAGGAAAACACCAUUUCCAUUGGCGACGUCACUACGCGCUACCUGAAGAGACUACGCACCUCUGCCUCUGACUACCUCGGAAAGGACGUCAACGCCGCCGUCAUCACCGUACCCACAAACUUCUCGGAUGCCCAGAAGGAGGCGCUCAAAAAGGCAUCGUCGGAUGCUGGCAUGGAGGUGCUGCAGUUCAUCAGCGAGCCCACAGCUGCUGUCCUGGCAUACGAUGCUCGUCCUGGUGCGCAGCUGGCUGACAAGGUCAUUGUCGUCGCCGACCUGGGUGGCACUCGCUCCGACGUGGCUGUCGUCGCAUCCCGUGGCGGCAUCUACACUAUCCUGGCCACGCUCCACGACUACGAAGUCAGCGGCUUCAAGCUCGACCAGGUCCUCAUGGACCACUUUGCCAAGGAGUUUAUGAAGAAGAACAAGUCAGCUGGCGACCCGCGGGAAAACGAGCGAUCGCUGGCCAAGCUGAAGCUCGAGUGCGAGGCUGUCAAGAAGGCCCUCUCCAUUGGUUCCACAGCAAACUUCUCGGUCGAGUCUCUGGUAGGUGGCAUCGACUACACUGCGACCAUCAACCGCACCCGAUACGAUCUCCUUGGCAACAAGCUGUUUGCUGCCUUUGCCCGCCUCGUCACGCACGCGGUUGAGAAUGCCAAGUUGGAUCCCCUCGAUGUUUCGGAGAUUAUUCUGGCUGGUGGAAACUCGCACACGCCAAAGGUCGCCUCCACCAUCAGCUCGGCCUUUCCUGAAUCUACGGUUGUUCUGGCUCCUUCCACCUCCCCAACAGCCAUCAAUCCCUCAGAACUGGCCGUCCGUGGUGCCGCCAUCCAGGCCAGUCUCAUCCAGGAAUUCGAGCUCGAGGACAUUGAGCAGAGCACACACCCCAUGGUCACCGUUACCCCUCACCUUUCCACCGCCGUUGGUGUCCUGUGCAUCUCAGGCGAUGAGUCUUCGGGUGUCUUCCACCCCAUUGUCGACGCAGAGACAUCGCUGCCUGUCCGACGAACUGCGACCAUCUCGACCCCACGAGAAGGUGGCGAUGUGCUUAUCAAGCUUGCCGAGGGCUCGCGACACAUCAAGGUCACCAAGCCAGAGCCUAAGCCCAAGGCUGAGAAGAAGGAGGAGGACGAGGAGGACAGUGACGAGGAUGACAGCGAAGAGGAGGAGGAGGAGCUCCGGGAAAAGACAUGGAAGAUUGGUCAGGCGCUCAGCGAGGCAGCAAUCCGUGGCGUCAAGAAGGGCGCAAAGGUCGAGGUUCAAAUCAACAUUGGCGCCGACCUAAGCAUAAACGCCAUUUUCCGCGAGGUCGGAGGAAAGGGUGGUGUCCGUGGUACGAUCCAAGGAAGCAAAGUGAACGGCAGCGCCUAAGCGGAGGACCCGACUUACCCCCCCCCCCUAACAAUUCACAUUCAACCUCUUGAGCGGGCAAGAUCGUAUUUUUCUGGUUUAGCCGUUGUCAGCAAAAAGAUUAGCUUUCAUAGACUUUGCUUGAGUGUUGAAUACGACAAAUGACUAAGAUGAC